GGAGGCGCGCCUGCGCAGUGAGAGGCGAAAAAGAGCCGGGUGAGAGGCUGACCGGCCGGUCGAGGGUCUGACGGCGACGGUGCUGCGCUCGCCGACUCCGGAGUAGCCGCUUUGCCCUCCGCCUGGUCGGGACCAUGGCAAGUCCAAGAACAAGGAAGGUUCUUAAAGAAGUGAGAGUGCAAGAUGAAAACAAUGUUUGUUUUGAGUGUGGUGCAUUUAACCCCCAGUGGGUGAGUGUGACCUAUGGAAUUUGGAUCUGCCUGGAGUGCUCAGGAAAACACAGAGGCUUGGGGGUUCAUCUGAGUUUUGUGCGCUCUGUUACGAUGGACAAAUGGAAAGACACUGAAUUGGAGAAAAUGAAGGCUGGUGGUAACCUUAAAUUCCGAGAGUUUUUAGAGUCUCAAGAUGACUAUGAUCCUUGCUGGUCCUUGCAAGAGAAGUACAACAGCAGAGCUGCAGCCCUCUUCAGAGAUAAGGUGGCCAUGUUGGCUGAAGGUAAAGAAUGGUCUGUUGAAACAUCUGCUGCUCGAAAUUGGAGUCCUCCACAGCCCAAAGUUGCUUUGUCUUCGGCUCAUCGAAGCUCUGUGGGGCAACCGCAGAAUGCUGGUACCGCUUCUGAUAAAGCAUUUGAAGACUGGUUAAAUGAUGAAGUUGGUUCCUAUCAAAGCGGCCAAGAGAAUCGCUAUGUGGGGUUUGGGAACACAGUUACUCCUCCCAAAAAGGAAGAUGACUUCCUCAAUAAUGCCAUGUCUUCUCUCUAUUCAGGAUGGAGUAGUUUCACAUCUGGAGCAAGCAAGUUCGCUUCUGCAGCUAAAGAGGGUGCUACCAAGUUUGGGUCUCAGGCAACUCAAAAGGCUUCAGAGUUAGGUCAAACUUUAAAUGAAAAUGUUCUCAAACCUGCACAGGAAAAGGUGAAAGAUGGCAAAAUUUUGGAUGACGUUUCCCAGGGAGUCUCGCUUUUUGCUUCCAAGGUCCAGGGAGUAAGUACUAAAGGCUGGCGAGAUAUGACCACUUUUUUUUCCGGAAAAGCAGAUGGGCCUUCCGAAAGGCCCCCUGAGGGAGAGAGCUACCAAAACAGUAAAAGCGAUGGCUACCAGAGCAAUGCCGCGGAUCAGAGUUUUUGGGAGACCUUCGGCAACUCAGAUCUGCCCAAAACCCACAAGUCCCCCAGCAGCGAUAGCUGGACAUACGUGGACAAUUCUGCUGAGAAGAAAAGCUCUGAUAGCUGGGAUGUUUGGGGUUCAGGUACCGUUUCCAAUAACAAGAACAGUAAUGGUGACAGCUGGGAAAACUGGGAGACCAACUGGGAGAAUGCAGCAGGGGAGGGCAAGGCCAAAAAGACUUCCAAGAAGACAGCAAAAGAAUCCUCUUCGGCUGCUGAAGAAGAAUGGGACAAUCACAACUGGUAGGAGUCUUUCCCUAACCAGCCUAUCAGAGGGGGGGAAAAAAAAAAUCACACCUCUGAUGGAAGAAUUUCCCACGUAUCUGGACUCACAUCAUUUGGGGGGCCUGUUUAAACCUCAUGCUUACUGUUCCAUUCUCUUUCCACUUCCUGUUUACAACCACCAGGACAAAAACAUUGGUUUGCGGAUCCUUGUAAUUACCAUGUGAAGACCCAGCUGUUUCAUGGAAAUGAUCGUUGCAUAAGUUAUAUUCUCACUGUGCUGCUGUCCUUGUGGAGUUUGCCGACUCCCUUAAAUCCAGAGUUUGGAGGAAGCAGGUCCAUGCGAGCAUACUAUCCUAGCACAACACCGCGUGUGUAGUCUGGCCUAGUCGCCCAACUUCUCUUUGGGACUUCAGCUGAUGUUUUGGAGGACUUCUGGAUGGUCUGAUAUGGGGGUGUCUUCAGCCAGUUGAGGUUUUGUGACUGAGAUGGGAUGGCUUUGAAUCAAGCCAAAAAUACUAUUUAAGGUAUUGUAGAAGCAGUUCUUAAGUUUAUUUGAGGGCGUUUUUUUUUUUUUUAAAGGAAGCUCUCAGCUUAAUCAUUUCAGUUCUCUUACUUAGAAGGAAACAAGCUGAGCUUUUCUAAAAGCAUUUCUGAAAAUUCCCAUUCUUGUCUUUGGCUGCUUUCAACAGGUGUGUGUAGGAUUCCUCAUCCUUUUUUUUUCCCUUUAUAAAUUAAAUCUUCCAUGUUCUUUUCCUCCAUCUAAGGUUCCAUAUGCUCCUCAAUUUUAGCAUAAUUGCUGGAUAUAAGCAGUGAUGGAAACAUAGACAAGAUAGGUGACUGUUUCAAAACAGAAUGUGCAGAUGUCAGAAGCAAACAUCUUUCUGACUAAACAAAAGCAAAUACUAAUUUGGUACUUUGCAGUUAAAAUAAAUGUACAAGAUUCCAUAUUAGAUGUCCAACUUCCUCUUUCCGUUCCCCUCUUCCCCGUGCCUGGAAGGAAACUACUGAGAAGUAAUCAGAUGACAAUUUUAUCAUUUUGAGCUAGACUGCAUGAGUUUGGGAAAGAAUUCCGGUAUCCUUUUCCACAAGGAAUUAUGUCAAGUCUGUUUUUGGUGCUUGUGAUCAGUAGCUUGUUUUUUUGUAAUCUCUGUAUGUUUAAAUACUACAGCACAUUGUUAGACUGCUAAGACGUGGGAAACACUGAAUCAUGUUAUAAUUGGCAGAAGUUCGGAAUGGAUGUCAAAAUGAGACUUUUCUGGAACCAGUGUGAAAAUCUUGUUUGCAGAACCUGCGUUUCUUUAUCCGAGAAAACCUUUGGAUUGGCUAAUGAACUGUGUGAUGUCUGAUGAGCCUUGAUACAGACUUCCAGUUUCUCAGAAUUUAGCUAAAGUUGUCUGCUGUAUAUAACUCUGUGUGUAUAUCAGUGCACCCAGAUACACACACACAGAGAAAUCAUGAAGUAUUAAUAGUUUCCUACAAUUUUUAUGUAUUGUUCAAUAUGUCAGUAUCUGCCUUGUGAAGAAAUAUGAAGUACUUGGGCUGUUGUGUGGUACUUUUCACUCGUUUUUCAAAUUGCUAGCUAAAGUUUUCCUCUUUCUCACUGAUUUUGCUUCACCAUCCUCUGGCCUGAGUCUAGUCAGCCUGUGGUGGCAGCGGUUAAGUGAUCUGUGCCUGUCCUUCAAGAAGGUGCCUUCUUUUUUGCCAAACGUCUGAGAUUCUGUGACUUCACAAAAACUGCACCUUCCUUUUA